AUGACUGAUCCCCGAAUAUCAAAUGAAGCACUUAAACAGAGAGAAGGAAGAAACAAAAGAGCUAUUUGCAAUAGAGAAUUACUUCUUCUUUCAUUUAUUUGUGGAGCAGAAGUUACAAUAGAUAAAACUAAAAAAACAUCAAGAGCAAAAAAGGUUUUUGUUGGUAGUUCAAUCACAUUUGAUGGAAAGUAUUCAACAAAUGACAUAUUAGAAAAUGCAUAUUUCUUUGAAUGUGCUGUUCGUACUUUAUGGAAGAAAGCAAAAGCAAGUUAUGAAACAACAUUAACAUUAACAAAAGAAGUAGUUAAAGCAGAGAUAGAACUUAUUCGUCAAAACCCAGAAUUAAUUAAAGUUCUAAGUGAUGAUUUCAAAGUUAGAUCUUCUGAAUAUGCGGUUAACUCAGUUGGAAAAAGAAGAACAAAAAAUAAAGAAGCUGCAUUUUCAAAUUUUUUAGCAUAUAAACUUCUUAUGAAUGGAUUUACUCUUACUUGUCAAGUUUCUGCUCAAAAAGUAACAACUAAAACACUUAAUUUUUAUACUUGGAAAUCUUAUAAAGCACCAAAUGGAGUUGUUAUAAAAAAGGAAUCUGUUGAAGUAUUAACAAAAGCUUUAUCUAAAGAAAUUAAACAACGCCUUACUAAAGAGGCUACUGUUAAAAUUACACCAAAUAUUUUAUCUUUUAUUGGUGCUAAAUAUUUAAUUGAAAAACUUGGAUUACAUACUAUUGAUACUUGUGACCCUAUGUCUGCUUUUAAACCAUGUAAUAAUGGUAUUGUUGAUAACGAUUUUUCUUUUAUUAAAUUAAAUCAUCUUCAUCCAUUUACUCCUCUUGAUACUAAUUUUAUGUAA